AUGGGAGGUUUCCUUUCGGUGCAAAGCAAAGAAAAGCGCCGCCGCUCAAAUCGGCUGUCGAAACCGCCGCCAAACAAAGCAGCGCUAGGGUCAUCCAACCCCCGCGCAUCCCAUCAAGCUUCUUGUUCCAACUCCCCUACGCGCUCCCAGGCUACUGCUUGGCAAGACCCUUGGACCGGGACUUCCAUUCCCAUCAGUGCCCCUGAGUCUGACACAGGUGGAAGGAGAUCACAGUCUCUCCCUUCUGUCUCCUAUCAACCUGGGGCACCAUGGCCGUCUGUCAACAAGGCCAGGAAAUGCCAGUCGAUGGUCAAAGCGCCAGAUGAUCUUGGCCUGCGCUCAUCUGUUCGUACUACGAGCAUGUCAGACUCUAUGGGCGCGCAAGCCUCCCACCGUUCUUCCAGGCAGGGCAGCUUCCAUACAGCCACACCCCGGAAUGGUCCAGAGCCUUCAAUAGCCCGACAACCGAGCAGAUCAUAUUCUACGCACUCUCCACUACAAAGAACCCAAAGUACUAUGCAUCAUAGCACAAUCGAAGAAGCAACAUCGUCGAACACACUUUUCAUGGUAGACAGCCAAGGGUUUUCUCUGAUUCGUCGACGGUCUCUGCUAACACGACCUGGAGUCGCAACGAGGAGGUCAACCAGAGAUACUGCCCGGCGACUGUCUUCGCCAAUCGAUCAGGAAACUAACACCUCAAUCAACUACCGGAACGGAACCUACAUACCAUCACGGCUAUUAUUGUCCGAUUGCGAAAAUGCUGCCCAUAGGCCAUCCGGCCCACUCACUCAGUUACGUCCACCGACACCCAAUGAUUUUGAGUACACCCAUCUAGGGGCGCUCAAGUUAGGAUCACUACGGGUUGUGAAUGGUUCUGCAUCUCCGUGCCCUAGUGAUAGGACUCGGUUAAAUCGUCCCAACAGCCCAACUAUAGAGGCCAGUGACGUCGGUACGCAUGCUCCGGAAUCCAAGCAGCCUAUUGAGGAAACCCAAUACCAUGCACACCAAAUUCCAACCAAUCUGAAUUGUGAACCCCAAUCAGCCUAUGGGUGUGUACCUGGUUCAUCCCAAGAUGCCGAACUCACUAGAAGUAGCGGACAUGAUGAACUUGAGAACUCCGAUGUUAGCCUACAAAUGAAGCAGGAGUAUCAUCCGGGUCUCCAUAAAAACAGAGGAUUUGCGUCAAUGUUACAAAUCCCUGCAGCCUUUGAGACCGAAAAGUCUGAAGAUUACCCUGCAAGUCCUUUUUCGUUUGAGAAAUCGCCGACAAUAUCAACCCCUUACCGACACCGUGGGAACGAGACAGGAGACGAAGGAAUAUGUGUACCUGACGAGGAGAAAAUGUUUGCUCCCAAGCUGGAUUGCACCUUGCGAGAUCACGAGCACAAAGAACUCCAACAUCCACACAGUAAAGUCGACAGCGGUUACAGUUCCGCAGCUUCUGUCCGUUCCACCAGAAGAUCCACGGAUUCCCACACAUCUGCGCGUUACUCCGGAGGAUCCCGCAGGUUUACGUUUGGUGGUAGUCUGAGGGAUCUCGAAACUUGGGAUGCCAAAACCUGCUCAGAUUUUGAAGACCAGAUUCCUGUGCACCGCCGUUCAAGCCUUCAUGAUCCUUUGGCAGGGCACAAAGCCGAAGUCUGUGGCCAGUCGACCCACGGAACUUCAAUGUGCCAUGACUUCCAACGGACACCCAUGAAAGGGCGCCUAAGGAGUUCAUCAUUCACAAUUUCGCAUGAAACUAGGCAUGCGAUGUCUUUCUCUCAGUAUUGCCAUCAACUGAGAAGCCUUGAAGCCUCUUCCCCAGGGAUCUCAGUUGUCUCCGCGGAUUCUGCACCUUACCCGUCAGCCAAGUGGCAGAACACAGGGGCAUUCAUAGCUCAAUCGGAGACAAUCUGCGCAACGAAACUACCACAGGUAACAGCACAAGAGUGUGACGUACAGGCUAGCAGCAGCUCCAUGGAGACUGCUCGGCUACCAAAGCCAAAUCUUGAUGCACUUCGGAUGUCAGUCCCAGAAAGCGCGGGGGAUGCGGGCGCAGGAAGACCUGCAUUUGGUCCACCGCGAGGAAGGACUAGAAGUCGGAGUAUUGAAUGUCAACAUAAAAGGUUGACGAAACAUGCUAAACGCCCAAAUCUUUACAUGGCGGCUUCACCAUUCAUCUUCCAUUGA